AGUGCAAAUCUAUUUAUCGAUUAAACCAGAUAGGAAAGGUGAAAUCUUUAUCAGAAAAAAAAUGAUUACCAUUGAUGGGAAUCUCACGUCAAAGAUAAAUUACUUGUAGGGACAACAUUAGAAGUCCCAUGUUAAAAUCAAUUGCUUGUGGUGGUGUUUAAACCCUCAGAUUCUUCUACCCAAUGUACUGUGGAUGUGCUCUUCUCUCGCAUAUUCAACUCCUAUUCAUACACCCUGGUUGUUUUGUUUUUUAUAGUUGAAUAUUAUGACAAGGUUUUCUAGUCAGGGAAACAAGGGUCAUGGCAAGGAAAAGUAAAUAAAUCAAAGAGAUAGAGAGAGAGAGAGAGAGAGAGAGAGAGAGAGAGAGAGGUAGACAAGUCUAACAAACAAACUUCCCUUUCUUUUCCCAUCUUAUCCCAUAACAAUACACACUGCAGGCUAGUUGUGUUGUGUUGUGUUCAUUCAGUAAUUUAAUCUGUAUGAGACAAGUUGCGUCUACCCUGCAAAGCCAGAAAAAAUGGUGCCAGAGAACAUGAAGAAACAACUUGCUUUGGCUGUGAGAAGCAUCCAAUGGAGCUAUGCAAUUCUCUGGACUGAUUCAACCACCCAACCCGGGGUGUUGAGAUGGGGGGAAGGGUAUUACAAUGGAGACAUUAAGACAAGGAAAACAAGUCAAGGGGUGGAACUUAAUUCUGACCAAAUAGGGUUGCAGAGGAGUGAGCAGCUGCGAGAGCUAUUCAAAUCCCUCAAAACUACAGAAAUCACCCCACAAAGCAAAAGACCUUCGGCGGCACUGUCCCCAGAAGAUCUCACAGAUGCUGAGUGGUAUUACUUGGUUUGCAUGUCCUUCGUAUUCAACAUUGGCCAAGGGUUACCAGGAAGAGCUCUGGCAAAGGGUCAAUCCAUUUGGCUCAACAAUGCGCAUUCCGCUGACUGUAAACUUUUUAGUCGUUCUCUGCUGGCAAAGAGUGCAUCCAUCGAGACGGUCGUGUGUUUUCCGGUUAUGGAAGGGGUUAUUGAGCUUGGCACCACUGAACAUGUCUCAGAAGAUUUCAGUCUAAUUGAACGGAUCAAAACUUCUUUCUUGAAUAAUUUGCAUGUCAACGAUCCUAAUAAGUCAGCAUUGAAAUCAAGGAACCAGGAAGAUCUUGCUUAUGUAGCAUUUGAUGAUAAUGUUGAAUCAAUUCCAGAAAUUGGGUAUGACAUAGCCAGCAAAACCUCCCCUGAUGGUAGUUCAAACGCAUUCCAAGCCAAUCAACCACUGGAUGAAACUUUCAUGGUUGAAAGGAUAACCAGUGGCACUUCUCAAGUCCAAAGCUGGCAAGUUAUGGAUGAUGAGAUAAGUAACUGUGUUCAUAACUCCAUGAAUUCCAGCGACUGCAUAUCACAAACUUUUGCCAGUCCUGAGAAUAUUGCUUCUGCACCCAAGUGUAACAACCCUUCUGACCCUUUUGCCCACAACCCAAAAAUGACGGUAGUGGAUCCUCGAGGUGAUGAUUGGCAUUAUCAGAGAGUUCUGUCUGACCUUCUAAAAACCUCUGAUCAGUUACUCAUGAAAAUGCAUUCACAAAAGUUUCAUCAGGAAUCAAGCUUUGUUUGUUGGAGGCCAGGCGGGGCAACGGAUUGCCAAUGGCCAAGAUCAGGAACUUCACAGAAGUUAUUGAAGAAGGUAUUGUUUGAAGUUCCUCAAAUGCACUUGGAUGGUCUGCAUGAGUCUCAAGAAGAGAAUGACUAUAAGGAGGGAAUGAGACUAGAGACUGAUGAAAUUGGCAUGAACCACGUAAUGUCAGAAAGAAGGAGAAGAGCAAAACUGAAUGAAAGGUUUUUAACCCUUAGGUCAAUGGUCCCUUCAAUCAGUAAGGAUGACAAAGUUUCAAUACUUGAUGAUGCAAUUGAAUACCUUAAAAAGCUUGAGAGAAGGAUAAAAGAAUUGGAAGUUCAGAGAGGGAUGACAAAUAUGGAGCCGGGGACUAGAAGAUCACCUCAAGAUAUGGUAGAAAGAACUUCUGAUCAUUAUUUUAGCAAAAACCACAAUGGCAAGAAAUCAGUUGCAAAAAAGAGAAAGGUCUGUGGCGUGGAUGAGACAGGAAAAGAGAUUAAUUCAGAUGCUUUAAAAGGAAGUUAUGCUAAUGAUAUUACUGUGAGAACUAGUGACAAUGAAAUUGUGAUCGAAAUGAAGUGCCCCUCAAGAACAGGAAGACUACUAGAAAUUAUGGAAGCAGUUAAUAGUCUCAGUAUAGAUUUUAAUUCGGUUCAGUCAACAGAGGCCGAUGGAAAUCUUUAUCUGACCAUUAAAUCUGUGUUCACAGGAGCAACUAUUGGAACAACCAAAAGAAUCAAACAAGCCCUUCAAAAAGUGGCCUCGAAGUUCUGAUUUUUUUUUUUUCUCUUAACUUUAAACUCAUGGUGGUGUUCAAUUCAACUCUUGCUACUACAUACAGAAUUCAUGAGAUCAAAUCGGUCAAAAUCGAAUAUCUUUUUGAAGAUUUUUCACGAAAGGAAGAAGUGGUCUCACUCUUGGUGAUGCAACGUGGACUUUUAGGCACUUGUAAAUGGUUAGGUAGGCUUAGCUGACUAGAUUCAUGUAAUGUCACAUUAGCUCCUAUGGCAUCACACAGGUUGACCAAUGACUAAAUACUAAUAGAGAGACAGAUCCAUUAUUAAUUA